CGGAAGUGGCGCGUGAAUGAACUGAACUGAAAAUAAAGGUUCGUCCGCAGGCUUCGAAACACAAACCUGUUCGACUGAUUUAAAAACAAUAAACUUCAUUCUUUGUCAACGGGAGGGUUCCUCGUAUUAUCGGACAUUAUUAUUGUUGUAGGGUUGAAAUGACUCGAGUGUUCGUGUACGGCACCCUGAAGAAGGGUCAGCCCAACAAUUGCAGAAUGGAGGACAACGGGACAGUAAAGCUCCUCGCGAGAGCUCAAACCGUGGACCCGUAUCCCCUCGUGAUCGCUACCGAUGACAACAUCCCCUUCAUGCUCAACCUGCCCGGGAAGGGUCAACAGGUCAGAGGAGAAAUCUAUGAAGUGGAUGAUAACUUGCUGAAGUUCUUGGACGUGUUUGAAAGUUGCCCAGAAUUGUACCAGCGUACUCUGGUCCAGCUGGAGGUGGAGGAGUGGGCCGGUGAGGAUGAAGACAAACUGAAGACGGGCAGUAUCGUUGAGAGCUUUGUCUACACCACGACUACAUACAAACCUGAAUGGCUUCAAUACCCAACAUAUGAGAACUAUGACACGUAUGGAGACCACGGGCUGAAAUAUGUGUGUCGUGAAGACAGAUGACCAGAUGUGCAGUGAUGUGUUGUAGAGUUAUCAAAUUAGCAAAAUGUUAUUUUUUCUAAUUGUAGUUUCAGAUGGAGAACAUGGCAAACCAUAGCCGUUCGACAGAGACAUUCUUCUGGAUUUAAUGGUCAUAAGAGGAAUCGUAUUGGUUUUAAUGGGAAUUAUAAUGGUUUUUAUGGGAGUCUACUGGUAAUGUGUUCGAUUCUUUCUGAACCAAUAGAACACCAUUAAAUCAUACUGGAAUAAGACCCAAAAUGCACUACAUAAAAAAAGCUGAUGGUUCAUAAUGGCAUUAGUAAUGGAAACCAUUAGAAUUUAUAUUUUAAUUUACAUGGCAUUAAAGUACUUGAAAUACUACUGUACUGUAUUCUCUUAGGAAAUAGUCAUUGAAAAUGUUGAUUUUAUUGUAUCUAAUGAAAUGGGAACAAGUUUACCUGUGAAUUUUAUUUUAUGAGAAAAUAAUUGACCAACAACCUUAAAUAUGUACUGAAGUGCAAUACCGUAUAUGUGUUAAACGCUCCAAUAUCUGUAUGAUUUCUGUAUGUCUCUAUAAAUGC